ACAUCAAAUUUGAAUUUCUCUAUUGAAAUAAAAAAGUUUGUGUCGUUUUUAUAUGACUUAACUUAUGCAAAGUCAAGCAGAGAACAACGCAGAAAAGACAUGUAAGUUUCAUCUCUGACCAAGUUUUAUAAAUGUUCGUUCUAAAGGCACAAAACCAACAAGAGGCAAUAAAGAAAUUGAGUUCCUUCCAGUGUUGGGGACGAAUACUUCUGCUAUAGGGAUAUUGCUAUGUCUCAUCCAAAGCAUGACGUGUUCCUCAGCUUUAGAGGAGAGGACACUCGUGACAACUUCACGAGUCAUCUUCAUGCAGAAUUGUGUAGGAAAAAGAUUGAGACGUUCAUAGAUAAUAGACUUGUUAGAGGCGAAGAGAUUUCACCAGCACUAUACAGAGCAAUAGAAGAAUCGGCAAUUUAUGUCAUCAUUUUGUCAGAACACUAUGCUUCUUCCAGUUGGUGCUUAGAUGAACUGACAGAGAUACUGAAAUGUAAGGAGAGAUAUGGAAGGGAAGUCAUACCAGUGUUCUAUAAGGUGGAUCCGUCAAAUGUUAGGCAUCAGAGACAGAGUUAUGCAGAUGAUUUCGUUAAGCAUCAUCAACGAUUUGGUGGCAAAGUGGACGCGUGGAAGGCUGCUCUAACCCAAGUAGCUGGACUCUCUGGCUGGGAUUCACAAGUUACCAGACCAGAAAGCACACUUGUUACAGAGAUUGUGAAAGACAUUUUGAAAAAAUUGAAUAGUUGUUUCUCAAGCAAUUAUGAAGGAAUGACGGGAAUUGACAUGCAUAUUGAACAAAUCCAAUCCUUGUUGCUCCUUGAGUUGCCGACUGUUCGUAUCAUAGGAAUAUGGGGCAUGGGAGGGAUAGGCAAAACAACAAUUGUCAGUGCGGUCUUUGAAAAACUCGCAACUCAGUUCAGUUCAAAAAGCAUAAUUCUAAAUGUUCAACAAGAAAUAAAAAGAGUUGGACUAGACAAUGUAAAAAGCAAAUACUUAUCAAAACUUCUAGGGGAAGACAUUACAUCCUCUGAAAACAACUAUUCAUUUGAUCCAAGGCUCAAACGGACAAAGGUUCUUCUUGUUUUUGAUGAUGUGAAAGAUUCUGAUCAACUUAAAGAUUUAAUUGGAACACAUAGUAACUUUGGCCAAGGGAGUAGAAUCAUUGUGACUAGUAGAGACAAGCAAGUGCUUGAGAAUGCCAAUGCUGAUGAAAUAUAUCAAGUUAGGGAAAUGGAUUAUCACGAUUCUCUACAACUCUUCUGUUUAUUUGCCUUUAAACAAAAGAAUCCAAAAGAAUCUUUUGUGAGCUUAACGGAAAAGGUUUUAGAUUAUGCUAAAGGGCUUCCAUUAGCUCUCAAAGUUCUGGGCUCAUUGCUUUAUGGCAAAGCAAAUGAAGUAUGGGAAAGUCAGCUACAAAAGCUCGAAAAGAUUCCCGAUCUUAAAAUUUUUAGAUUGUUGAAGUUAAGUUAUGAUGGACUUGACGACGAACAAAAGGACAUAUUUCUUGACAUAGCUUGCUUCCAUAGAGGAGAAGAUGAGAAAGAUGUAGCAAUAACAUUGGAUUCUUGUGGUUUCUCUGCUAACAUUGGAAUGGAUGUUCUCAAAGAUAGAUGCCUUAUAUCUAUUUCACACGGUAGUGUAUGGAUGCAUGAUCUAAUACAAGAAAUGGGGCAUGAAAUUGUUAGGCUUCAAUGUGUCGAUGAUCCUGGAAAACGUAGUCGAUUAUGGAAGGCUAGUGAUUUUUACGAUGUUUUAAGCAAGAACAUGGGAAAGGCUACAGAUGCAAUCCGGUGUAUAUUCCUAAACAUGGAUGAAAUAGAGAAAGUUCAACUAGAUGCUGAUACAUUUAAGAAAAUGCAUCAUCUUAGAAUUAUCAACUUCUACAAUUGCUUUGGGAAUUACUCAAACGUGACCUUUCAUGGGCUUCUUAAGAGUUUUCCUAAUGAUUUAAAAUUUCUUCAUUGGGAUUGGUUCCCUCAAAGAUCUUUGCCGAAAGACUUUUGCCUAAAAAAUCUUUCCACACUUGAAAUGCCUCGUAGCGAUCUUGAACAACUUUGGGAGGGGAAUCAGGCUUUACCAAAUUUGAAAAGGCUUAACCUUAGUUAUUCUAAGAAGCUGACAAGACUACCAGACCUCUCUUCGUGUUCAAAUAUUGAAGAAGUAUGUCUUUCUGGCUGUAUAAGUUUGACACAGGUUUACUCCUCUACUUUCCUCAACAACCUUUACAUUUUAUCUAUAGAAGAUUGUACUGAACUCAAGAGUAUAGAUAUUCCUAGCAAUAUUCUAUCAAGACCAUCUGGAUUAGUGACUCUCACUGAUUGUCACAACCUUGAAACACUUUUAAUCAGCAGUAGAACUGAUCACGUGGUUCAAUUUACUCAUUCUUAUAGAUAUUAUAAGUUUGAAAGAAUGAAAUCUUGUUGUGAAGAAACAGAAAUAGCGAUGAAUGACGAAGGGGAUUACGAGAUUCGGGAAUCAUUUUCAGAUACUGUAACUAGUAUCAAUGAUUUUUAUUGGUUUGAUAUUUCCAAAUGUGAGUCCCUAACAUGCCUACCAGCUGAACUUUUAAAUUUGAAGUUUCUAAGAACACUUUCUCUCAGUGGUUGUUUAAAGUUGGAGGAGUUACCUGAAAUCAAGGAGACUAUGGAAAAUCUAAAAGUGCUCGUCUUAGACCAUACAUCAAUAAAAGAACUACCUUCAUCCUUACAUCGUUUGGUCGGGCUUGAAGAAUUGAGCUUGCAAAGUUGCAAAAAGCUUAAGACUAUUCCAUCUUCUAUUGGAAAUUUCAGUAAACUUCUCAAGUUAAACCUUGCCAAUUGUGCAUCACUUGAAACUUUUCCAAGUAGCAUUUUCAAAUUGAAGUUGACAGAACUCGAUUUCAAUGGUUGCUCAAUGCUUAGGACCUUUCCGGAGAUCUUGGAGCCUGCAGAAAGUUUUACUUGCAUUAACUUAAGAAAAACAGCAAUAAAAGAACUACCUUCAUCUCUAGACCAAUUGGUCGGGCUUGAAGAACUGAUCUUGCAAAGUUGCAGAAAGCUUAAGAAUAUUCCAUCUUCUAUUGGAAAUCUCAGUAAACUUCUCAAGUUAAACCUUGCCAAUUGUGCAUCACUUGAAACUUUUCCAAGCAGCAUUUUCAUAUUGAAGUUGACAGAACUCGAUUUCAAUGGUUGCUCAAUUCUUAGGACCUUUCCUGAAAUACCAAAUGACAGUGUCUGCUUGUCAUCCUUGACUGAACUUUCACUGCAAGGAAGCAGAAUUGUGAACCUUCAUGAAAGUGUAGCUCAUCUGUCAAGUUUGAGAUCACUUAAUUUAAGUGAUUGCGAAUUGCUUGAAUGUGUUCCAAAGCUUCCACCAAAUCUAAACCAAGUUUUGGCAUUUGAUUGCCCUUCCGUUAAGAGAAUGAUGCUAAAUUCAAGGUCUGAUUUCCAAAAAAGUACCUUCAAAUUUAAUCUGACCAAUAGUGAAGAACUAGAUGGUACUUCUUUGAGUAAAAUUGAAGAGGAAGCAUAUAUUAAGAUCAAAGAUGAUGCAUAUAGGUCAGUGUUGUUCUGUUUUCCAGGAAGUGCAAUUCCUUAUUGGUUCCGUCACCGUUGCCAGGGACAUUCAAUAACUAUAAGAAGUGAUGAUUUAUAUUUGUAUGGGGGAAACAAGCUUAUUGGUUUUGCUCUGUGUGUGGUUUUGGGACGUGACUUUCCAUUUGAUCUCAGCAGCAGCAUAGCACCUUGGUAUAAUUGUAUUGGCUUUACAUACCAAUUAAAAUUUGAACCUGAUCAUGGUCAAAUACACUUUCAUCCCAACAAGUUUGAAGGUAAAUAUGAUUGGAUGCCAAUGAGAAGAUUUUCCCAACAUCACACAUUCUUAUGGAAGUAUGAAUUGGACUUGGCAACAAUUGGCUACGGGCUCAUUGAUGCAGACACUAUCACUUUUGAGAUCCUAGAUGAGCAUCGUUGUCCCUUAAGUUUUCCAACAACCAUGACGGUGAUAGAAUGUGGAAUAUGUCCUCUGUAUGCCAAAGAAAAUAAUGAUGAUAGCAUUGAAGAACCAAGUGGAAGUGGGGAUGCUGUGUGUUUGGUGGAUUUGGAUCUCUCCUUAGGCGGUAAUUACACACAUAAUAAAAGAAGAAAAACUUAGAAAAAAAAUUUGUAUUGGUUGUGCUGGGUAAUUUUUUAUUGUUCAAAUUCUAACCAAAAAAUAAUAAUAAUAAUUUAAUUGUUGUAAACUUUGAAAACUCGUGAAUACUAUUUUCAAAAUACCAGCAA